AUGAAGUUUGUGACAGCUAGUUAUAACGUCGGGUAUCCUGUUUAUGGUGCCAAGUUCUUGGACAAUGAUACGUUGCUUGUGGCAGGCGGUGGAGGCGAAGGUAACAAUGGGAUAUCGAAUAAACUGACGACUUUGCGAGUGGAUCCCACCAAAGAUAGUAAGAAGAGCCAGUUCCGCGAGUUGAGCGAGUUUGUGUUGGAGGAGAACGGCGAUUCUCCCACAGCAAUUGAUGCCUCGAAGGGUAUACUUUUGUUGGGUUGCAAUGAAAACAGUACAAAUAUUACGGAAGGUAAAGGUAAUAAACACUUGAGGAAGUUCGAAUACAACGGAGUGAACGAUCAAUUGAAGUUUGUUACCAGCGUGGAUUUUGAUAAGUCCACGAACCCAGAUGAUUACACAAAACUGGUUUAUAUUUCGCGAGAAGGUACCGUGGCCGCCAUAGCAUCAUCUAAAGUACCUGCUAUAAUGAGAAUCAUUGACCCAAGCGACUUAACCGAAAAGUUUGAGAUUGAGACUAGGGGGGAAGUGAAAGACUUGCAUUUCUCUUCAGACGGCAAGGUUAUUGCUUAUAUCACCGGUUCUAGUWUAGAAGUGAUAUCGACCGUUACAGGGAGCUGUAUUGCAAGGAAGACAGAUUUCGAUAAGAAUUGGAGUUUGUCGAAGAUAAACUUGAUAGCUGAUGACACGGUAUUAAUCGCAGCUUCGUUGAAAAAGGGUAAAGGUAUCGUGUUGACCAAAAUAAGCAUAAAGUCGGGAAACACCUCUGUAUUGAAAACUAAACAAGUAACAAACAAAUUCAAAGGAAUCACUUCCAUGGAUGUUGACGUGAAGGGUGAAUUAGCGGUAAUGGCAAGCAAUGAUAACUCGGUAGCUCUUGUGAAACUAAGAGACCUGUCAGUCUCUAAAAUAUUCAAGCAAGCUCAUAGUUUUGCCAUUACUGAAGUAGCAAUUUCCCCAGAUUCCACAUAUGUGGCAAGUGUCUCUGCGGCCAAUACUAUCCACGUAAUAAAACUACCGUUCAAUUACGCCAAUUAUACUUCAACUAAAGAAAAAUUUACCAAGUUCUUCACCAACUUCAUCCUUAUCGUAUUGUUUUCCUUUAUUUUACAGUUUUCUUACAAGCACAAUUUGCAUUCCACGCUCUUUAACUAUGCAAAGAGCAACUUCAUACUCAAGAAGGAUACCAUUUCUUCGCCCUACGUUAUCAAUGAAGACCUACAUCAAACUACUUUAUUUGGCAACUACGGUACAAAGACCUCUGUGUCCAUCACGGACUCCAUAAAAGUGCAUGAUAUGCACGCGACGAAUAGUGUAGGUGAAAGUGGAGAUUUCCGUGUUGAAAAUGGGAGUAUUCACACAGAGGCAAUUGAGGUCGGAGCCACUGAGGUAAAUUCAGACGACAAGAAUGAUGCUGAAGCUUAA